AUAUGUAACUUUUAGUACAUUGAAGGCCAGUCAGUGUUAGAAUUGACAUGAGUUCAGAGGAAUCAUUCAGUUCUUGUGUUGAAGUCAAUGGUUGGUCCGUUUGGUACGAAAAGUUUGGUUCAGGACCGAGGCCUGUGCUGCUAAUUCCCGGUGCUACCGGGACUGGAAGAAGCGACUUUCAACAUCAACUGGAAGGUGACAAUGCCCUGGACUUUGACAUGUUUACCAUAAUUGCGGUGGAGCUCCCGGGUUGGGGUCGGUCGAGACCACCCGUCAGAAAGUAUGGGACAGGGGAAUUAGGCUUCAAUAAGUACUCCAUACUAAGCUGGUCUGAUGGCACAAAAGUAGCACUACUUAUGGCAACCCUUUAUCCACAGUCCGUUGAAUCCUUGAUCUUGACUUCAGUUUACACUUAUAUAACAAACGAGAGCUUAAAGCAAUUGUUGUCUUCACAAAACGUUGACAAUUGGCAUAAAGACAAACUCGAGUCUUAUAUGAAAAGUUAUGGCAAGAAAGAAGUGAUCCAACAGUUAUGGACCAGAUUUAUAAAAUUUGCCGAAUAUUACAACCAAUACUUUCCUGAAAAUAAAAACAAUUAUCAUUUGAUUAAAUGUCGAGUUCUUAUAAUUCAUGGCGAAAAGGACAAAAUGUGUGAAUUGUCUCAGAUUACAAAAUUAAAGCAAACCAUUAGCCGGUCGUCUAUCUAUCGAUUUCCAAACGGUGAACACAACUGUCACCAGAAAUAUGCGACAAUAUUCAAGGAUGUGGUCGAGGAUUAUCUGAUGGGACGACUCAAAGACCUGGAGGAAGAUGUGGAUCCAAACCAAGCCCAAUGUGGGCCCCAGAUGUGGACCCAA